ACAUCUGUAAGGUUCACUGACUUUACUCUAACCAACAACCCUAUCUGGGAUUGAAACAUGUCACGUGGUGACAAACAGCUAACAAAGCGUUUGACUCCAAGUUAUAGUAUAAGCAAUCUCAAAUCCAACAAGCGUAAAUGGAAGAAUCAUUUUCUUAAAUUCCGUGCAUUUAUGUGAAACGGGUAAAUAUUGGCGAUACUGUUAACAGUGCUCUGUGGAAUUGAAGUUUCUAAAUGCUGGGGGUAAGCUGUAGCGGACAAGUAGCACAUCUAGGGGGAAUAUUUUAUGGAAUCCUGUCUUUCAGAAGCGCGCCAGAGAUGAUAUCUCAGGGGCAGUACAGUCACGCUAGCGAUGUGUGGUCAUUCGGUGUCCUGGCAUGGGAAAUAUUUGCAGUUUCAUGAUAGUAACAUGAUGCCACGACAAACGAGACCUUACUAUAACCAUAGAAAUAACGAGGUAAAAUUCUUUAGCCUUUAGGCGUCGGUGGGAGUAACGAAAUAAUUUGGAUAUAACAACAAAGUUGAAAUGGUAAAUUGGCCACUGUAAUGAUUACAAAGGCUGACGUUUCGAGCGUUAGUCCUUCGUCGGAUCGAAUGGGUAAGCUACUGGAGCGAAUGGGUACUACUGGGUACUGGAGCGAAUGGGUAUUACUGGGUAAGCUAAGUCGAUUCAUUUGCGCCGCCGAAUAUCACUUCAGUUGAAACAACCAGAAUUUAUAUUUGUUUGUAACCGCCAAACGGUAGAAAUGACCGCACGACAUGUACUUCGUUGAUGCAAGGAUUUGGGUAGAAAUCUAACAGAAGUAGGUUUGAAAAUUAAUCCAACAUUAUUUUCCUGGAACACAAAAUUCUUUAGACCUUUGUAGGGGCGUCCUUAGCGGCCGAAAAAUUUCUUACUUCUUUGUCAAAUUCAGCAGUAAAGCCUACGAAGUCUAGCGUUCUUUUGCAACCCUUUCUCCUUGGGAAAAAUUUGUCGAUUGAACCGAAAAUCGCCGUUUAUGAUCCAUGCGACUAAUUACAUUUCGCCGUCGGCGUCUGACAUGGACAUGGAAGGAUACAAGGUUCAGGUAAUCUGUCUUGGUCAACCCAAGCGUCUGACUCUAGGACCAGGUGAAGACACUAGCAAGGAUAACGUGUUGCAAGAGGAAAUGCCGCUUGUUUCUGCUCGCUGGAGGGCGCCAGAGGUGAUUUCUAAAGGGCGGUACAGUCAUGCUAGUGAUGCAUGGUCAUUUGGUGUCCUGGCUUGGGAACUUUUUGCAGCGUUUUCAUUUAGUGAAAACUUUACGGAGCGAAUGCUCCCCCAUCACAAUCUUCCAGACCACGAGGUUGGUGCUAGUAUUUUAGACAGAAAGCUUCUACAAAAACCGCGUUCCUGUCCAGAUUGGAUAGAUAUCAUGAUUCAUGAAUGUUGGACAUAUCAACCCCAGCAGAGACCACCGGCCAUUGCGCUCUUAGAUUGUCUGGCAUGCAGGAGCUCAACCAUAUUCAAUAGCAGAGGUACAGAGAUUGCCAUGGAUGGGAAGAGAACAGCACAUGACGAGGGGUGUCGUGCUCAAAAGAGAAGAAACUAACGCAGAAUGGUUGCUUUCCCAUAAUCAGUCCAUUAAUAGUGCUCAAACAAAGUAUUUAGGAAUGAUUCUGAGGUAAGUGCCAGUCAUCGAAAGAAGAAAAAAAA